AUGACUCGAGGAAAGAUCCACGUGCCGCCUCUGGAUAGUCCAUCCAAGCAGCUGAUCCUCGACCUUGCACGAGACCUCGAGCAGGUCAAGCUCUUCAACACCGAACUGAAAAAGGUCAAGGCCUAUGAGCGAAAGACCUUCUACGAGAAUCUUGACCGCGUCGACCGCGAACGAGAAGCAGUGCAUACGGCUGCCCUCGAUGAAGCAGCGGCUUUCCACGACCGACUCCGUGAAGAGGCCGAAAGCACGCUAAGGGAAUACCUCCGGGCAGAGGAAGAAGAGCGCCUUCGAAAGGAGGAGGCAGCUCGCCGGGAGCAAGAACGCAUUGAACGCGAGCAGGUCGAGAAACGGCGCCGUGAACAGGAGGAGGCGGCACGUGCCGAGGCGGCGCGUAAAGCCCAAGAGGAAGCUGAGAAGAAGGCUGCGGAGGAGGCCGAGCGAGCGCGGCGGGCCGCGCAGGAGGAGAAGGAAUGCAAGGAAAAAGAACGGCUUGAAGCUGAAAAGCGAAAGCAGGAAGAAGCAGCCAAGAAGGCCGAGCAGGCCAAACAAGAGGCCGAGCAGCAAGCUCGAAGCCAACAACAACAGAAGAUCGGUGGCGGGCGCCUCACCGAUCAAGAGAUUCAGACCCAGGAGCGUUAUGUCAAGCUUCACAAGGUUCUCAAAGAAAUGCGGACGUGGUUGCGCAAUACGGCCAAGCAGCAACCCGCGGUCAAGCAGGCUAUGGGGGACAUGCGCCGGUCCAUCAAAAAAUGCGUUGGUCAGCUUCGAGAUGGCAAGGGCGCCAACAAGCAGCAAAUUCAGCAGAUUCGUGCGGAACUUGAGAAAGCAUCCUCUAUUCCCGAGCCCAGCGUAGAUGUCCGCCAAUUUUUCGCAUUUCCUCCUGAGCGUAUCGCAAACACCGAAAACAAGGUGCCGGCUCUACUGAUUUAUGGACUCAACGUCUUCGCCAAGUCGUUGAUCUCUGCGCUUAUCAACGAGGCAUCCAUCAACCUCACCCACGCCGAACCGAUCGGCAUUGUGGCCGCACAAAUCUUCUCCAUGGAUGGAUUCAUGUAUCAGGGGAUCCACAUGUCCGACAUUCUCUGGGCGAAGUACCGGGUGGUCUGUCCGGCUCUCUGGGGGUUCACUGGUAACGAGAAGACCGAGGCCGGCCGACAGGCGCUGGGCUGGUGGCGCGAAGAAUCCGGCGGCCCCUUCAUCAGUGAACAAGCCCACUUGGACCGAAUGACGGCCCUGGGCGCUGGAUUUGCGUCGCUGACUCUUCGCAACUUUGGCCGGACCCAACGCCAGAACCCCUUCCCCAACACGAUUUUUUGGUCGUCGAUCCACAAGAUCUUGGCUAUUCCUGCCUCGGAAAUGCCCGAAACCCAGAUCACUCUGUUGGGGUCCAUGCUGCGGUACUCUGGCGACAGAAUCUUGGGUUUCUUUGGGCAGGUUGGCCUAGUUGUCAUGCGCAAGGCCGUUCUGGAUCUGCCGCCGUCUUUGCCCCGACAAACUAUGAGUGUCAAUCAGCUGAAACUCCUCAAGGAGCUGUACUUACGCGAGAAGAAUAUCGACCUGUAA